AGGUAAUUAUUUCCAUCAAUUUCUUAACUCUAUUAUUGAUUUUCCUUCACUGUUUAGAAUUUGAAAUGUAUAUGGUCAGCUAUUUUAAGCUUCUAAAGUAAUGUUUUGAUUGGAUUACUCGACUCACUAAUAUAUGUGUAUCUAGAAGUCUUUUUACUACAAUUUCUAUUAGUGUUCCUUCUCAUACUAAUAGCAGCUUUAUUACAGUAUGCUAUGGACUAACUUCUAUUUGUGUUGAAUGCUUCUCCGUAUGAAAUGCUGUCCACAUAACUACGUUUUCAUUCACAUCUUGUGUGGGACAGAAUCUAGCACCAUGCUACUGCAGAACAGCACCAGUCUGCAGUCCCUGCUAGUCUCCCUUUUGGAGUACCUGAACAAGACCUCUAUGGCUCCUUCCUCCGUCUCAUCUCCCGCUACUGACCGCCCAGCUCUCACCCUGUCUCUGGCCCAUAGCCAGGUCAAAGGUCAAGCGCAAAGUCAGGGCAUGAUCUACAUCCUCCUGGUGGUGGGGCUGUUCAGCUUCUUCACCUUCGGCAUCAUGAUGAGCUACAUCCGCUCCAAGAAGCUGGAGAACUCCCAGGACCCUUACCACCAGUACAUCGCCCACGACUGGGCCAGCGUGCUCACGCCACCAGUCACCCUGAAACAGGCACUGAGAGGGGCAGACCCCAGGAAGGACCCGCUGGUCAUCGGCAACCCGGCUGCAAUGGAGCGUCUCCCUGGCUGAGAGGGAGGGUGGAGAGGAAACGCUGGAACAUUUGUGUCUGAACUGGUUACAGUUACACACUGUGCACUCAAGUUAAAGUAUGUAUGUUGUAACAUGCAAUUUGUGAUUGAACACUGACUCUGAAUGGGAAUAAAGUAGUGU